AAUUUCCACAGACCAGUCUGAAAUAACUCAAAGACCCAAAUGUUCCCAACCGUCGCCAGGCAGUCAAUUUUGUUAACAAAUGGGCGUUUGAGGCGAAGCGGUCUCUAUGGCAACAGGACGCCAUUUUCUCAGUCAACACGUUUAGCUGUCUGCUGUUGACAGUUUAUUUUGCUUUCAGUUUUGGAGAGGUUAACAGUAAAAGUUCACAAUGUCUGAUCUUGAAGGAGAGGAAACCUUUGACGAAGAGGAAGUCGGUGCCGAAGAAGCUGGAGAGGAAGAACAGCUUGAUGAGGAAGAAAAAGAACUUGGCGAUGAGGAACAGGCCGAAGAUGAGCAAGUUGAAGAAGAAGAGGAGGAGAAACCUCCUGCUAACCCCUUAACAGAAGAGAUAAUGGCAGAGAGCUUGUCCUUGUUGUGUAAGACUGGGGAUGGACUUUCACAUGCCUAUGUAAGACUCGACACACAUGACAGAGAAAUCACAGAUAUUGGCAUACUUAAGGGAUUUAUCCACUUACGCUAUGUGGAUGUGACUAAGAACAAUCUGAAAGACAUAUCUCCUCUGUGUGCACUGACACACAUGCUGACACUGAAGGCAGAUGAGAACAUGCUGACCAGUGCUAAGUUGGAGGAGAUGCCAUUCCUACAGGUGGCCAGCUUCAGCCACAACCGCAUCAACAACACCGAGGGAAUCAACCAUCCAAACCUAGAAAUACUUAAUCUCAACAACAACAACAUAUCCCAUGUGUCAGGUCUCGAUGCUUCGAAGCUCACCCGAUUACACACACUAGAACUCCGGGGAAACAGACUAGAGUCCACAGAUGGAAUUUACUUGCCAAACCUUAAAAACCUUUUUCUUGGGGCCAACAUGAUCCGUCGAUUGGAGGGGAUGAGUAGACUUAGCGGUCUCACAACACUUCAUCUCCGUGACAACCAGAUAGACAAUCUUGAAGGGUUUGCAGAGGAACAGGGGAUGCUCCAAUAUGUCAACCUCAGAGGCAACAAUGUCUCCAAUAUAAAGGAAUGCAACAAACUCAAGUUGCUGCCCAAACUGAGAGCUUUAGCUCUUGGAGAGAACCCUAUAGCAGAGGAGGACGACUACCGCCUGGAGGUGCUCAUCUCACUCCGCAGUCUGGAGCGGCUGGACAAGGACGAGUACACAGGGGAGGAGCGCAGUGAGGCAGAGGAGAUCCAUGAGCAGAGGCGGCAAGAGGAGUUGGCCAAUGAAGGGGUAACAGAAGAGGAAACCGUGGAGAAACAAGACUAGAGUAACAUAGCAUCAACAAAUGAAGAGGUGAUACCAUCUGAUGAGGAAGGGGGAGACAACUGAACAGGCAUGGUGUUCUGACAGCUACACGUGGUGGUGAACCCAACCUCAUUAACAUCAGAUCUUAGUACUCACAGCAGCUAAACAAAGAUCUGAGGACAUCGCAUUAGGGGUCACAUCAGAACGACCUUUCAUCCAUCAGAGCAUCGCUUACCAGAUCAUGAAAGUGACAGUCGGAAUGUGAUUUCUAAAAAAACUUUAGCACAGGUUAUUCCGAACAAUAAUUACGGGCUUAAUGAUUGAAUCCACACAAUCUUGACCACCUACUAGCCAUUCCAGAAUGUUCUUUUGUUCAGGUUUCAAAUUUUAAAAUCGCGAAUUUGUAAAAAUAUAUUUCGAAGCAUUGUCGUCAAUUUGAAAUUUGUGCCGUAAAGCACGUGAAAGCUGCCUUCCGAUUGGCUAAUGUGGACUUCUUGUCAGUCAUUCCUUUGGUCAGUCAAAGUUCGCGCAAGAUCCAUCUGUCAUGACCCGUAAUGGGGUGUCCUCAGAUCUUUGUUUAGCGGUAGCGAGAACUAAGAUCUGAUUUUAAUGAGGUUGUGGUGAACCAGUCAACCGUCCAUUCUUCAUGAAUCUCGGAUCCUUUAUGACUCUUAUCAAAGAACUUCAGGUUUAAUUGUUGACAUGGCAACUGACGGAUAUUGAAUGUCUGACAAAGGUCAUACAAUUCUGUUGAAGUAUUGAAAUGGCUUCCAGUUUAGGUUUAUCCUGAAACCUUUUACUUUGUACAAAGAACAUGUCCAUGUAUUACAAUAAUCAGCAUUUUCUACCCUCAUGUGCCCUGAACAUAACAUUGUAGCAUAGCAAGUUGUCAUGGGACAAACAUGUUAGGUCUGCUUUCGUCUGUGAUAUCACAUCCGGCCACGCAUUGGAAUCGGUUGCUAUAUUUUCUUUCUUCAUUGUUUCAUGUGUAAAUUGUCUUUUAAAGCCGACAAAUUAUUACUUUUUACCCAACAUUGAAUGAAUUUUUAGACAGUUGUUUAAGACAGAAAUAUUAAUACCGCCACUUGUGCCUCACGGUGAAAAUAUAGCAACUGAUACUGGCUGUAUGUAUUGUAAUUACAAAUUGAAAUGUAUUUCAUAAUAAAUAUUUAUUAUUGUG